AUGAAAUAACGUGAUCAUGAUCGAAAUGUUUUAUUUCCAAUAAGCGAAGACUCAUAAUAUACAUAUCAUAGAUAUAGUCCACCCAUGAGACCAAAAAUAAUGCCAAAUUAAUACAUUAACAAAGAUAUGAAAUUAAUUCAAUUAAGUGCACACGAGAAAUCAAUAUAAGAUAAGAGAUCAAAUAUAUUUUAUGAACCAACUAAACUUCCUAGAUCACCUCCUAAAUGUAUAGAAGAUAAACCAAAAUCUCCAAAUUUAGAUCAUAGAUAAAGAAUGUUAUAUUAGAAUACAUCAAAUGUUUUACCUGGAUAUAGUUAUUAGAAAGUUAAAUAAGUAUGUGAGAGUAGAACUAAAAUUGUUGAAGAUCCUAAUAAUUAAGUGAAACAUCAAAAUCAAAAUUUUUCUGAUUUAUUUGAUAGAUAAUGUGGUGAUACUAAAUUAAAUUAAAGAGUUAGAUCAGCUUCUCCUUAAUUAGAUUGGACUGCACAUGAUAGUGUUAGAAAUGCAAAAGAUUGUACAACUAAUGAAUAUACAACUAAUAAUAAACCAAAAUCACCCCUUAAAGUUACUGAAAUGUCCAAUUAAGAAAUUAAAGUAAAAAUAUUUUAUACAAUAAUAAGUGUAUUUAAUAAGCUAAAGAAUUGAAGACUUAUUCAAAGUUGCAUGGUAAAAAAGCACCUCCAAAAGAGAUUGUUUAUGAAGGUAUGUUGAAAUGGAAGAAUAAUUAUAAAUGA